AUGGAAGGUCUGCCAUGUUUACCAGGAAACUCAUUCCGUGAUCCAACACAAACCAACUUCCAUGUCAGUCACACGCUUGAAGUUAAAAAUGGUCACCGUGUUACCAAAUGGCCUCAAGUUGGCUUAGGUGGUACACGAAUUAACUAUAACCAAAUUGGAGAAGAUGAAUUGGAACUCCUUCGAAAUUAUCGUCCCGAACUUACCUAUGGUAAACCUGUUGUCGGCGUGCCUGAUAAAUUUGUUCCAGCUACAUUAGCAUUCGAUAAGAAAGUUCUUCGUUUUUUCGGAUAUUUCAAACAAACAGUACCUGAAAGUCCAAAUGAAUUCUAUCGCGUUCGACCAGUUAAAAUUUUCUACUAUCUAGAGGAUGAUAGUUUAGAAAUAUUCGAAGAAGCUCAAGAAAACAGCGGCAUUCCACAGGGUAAACUCAUUCGUCGUCAUCGCUUUCCAAAAAAUGACCAAGGUGACACAUACAAUUUUCGUGAUAUCAAUCUUGGUCAGAAUCUCGCCGUCUAUGGAAAAGUAUUUCGUGUUUGCGAUUGUGAUGCAUUUACUCGAGAAUGGCUUGAAAGUGAAGGUAUCCAUGUUAAACAACCUGAAUUAAUACCACGCGAUCCAUAUUUAACGAAACGACAUCAAGCAGCUGAAUUGAAAACAUAUAAAACCAAGAGUGACUUUGAUAAACUUAAACAGUAUGUCGAAAUGGAUCGAAAAGUGUUACGUUUCUAUGCUAUCUGGGACGAUCGCGCACAAAUGUUUGGUGAGCAACGGGAAUUUAUCAUCCAAUACUAUUUAGUUGAUGAUACAAUGGAAGUGCGAGAAGAACACAAAGCAAAUGACGGCCGCGAUCCAUUUCCUAUUCUCAUCACUCGCCAUAAAAUUCCCAAAGAUCGCUAUGAUGUCAAAGGCACAUUUCCACACGUCUUUCUUGAAUUGAGUGACACUGAAGUAUCACAAUAUUUCAAACCAUCGGAUCUAAUGAUCGGAAGAACUGUUCAUAUCUACGGACGAAAUUUUCUCAUCUACGAUUGUGAUAUGUUCACAAAAACGUUCUACAGCAAAAAUUUCGGCGUAACCAACUUCGAGCCAGUCAACACAGAGAUCGUCCGUCGUACACAUCCAAAAAUGGAAAUUCCUCCAUACAAUGGCUUUGGUACAUUGGAAGAUUCAAUGCAGAACUGUUUACGUCUUCAGCCUGAUCGACCAAAGAAAGAUUAUGUUAAACUGAUGGAAAACGAUCACCGUAUACUUCGCUACGAAGCUGUUCUCGAUAGUCCACGUGAAGAUGAUAAACUACGCAAGUUUGUCAUCAGUUAUCACCUUGGCGAUGAUACAAUCAGUAUCCAUGAGCCACCUCAACGCAAUUCGGGUAUCAUCGGUGGUCGAUUUCUCGAACGUACACGUGUAUCGAAACCAGGUACAUCAACGGAAUAUCCCGAAUACUAUGGUCCAUCUGAUUUCCAUAUUGGCGCAACAGUUGAAGUAUUUCGUCAACGUUUCAUUAUUCGUUCAGCCGAUUUAUACGUCUUGAAAUAUGCCGAAGAACAUCCCGAACAAUUCUCUCCAGCUGUUCUUCAGUCUUUACGAGAACAUUUGAGCGGCGAGUCUGGCCGGCCAGAUGCACGGCUCAGUACAGAUAUCUAUGUUAAACGUAAGCCUGGCGACUUCAUUCGUUUGUGUGCCGAAGUUCGGAACAAAUUAAAAGCACUGCGUAUCACAAAUCACGAACAAAUCCGACAAAUGUUUUUACGUUACGAUCGAGACAGAAAUGGAUAUGUCUCUCGAGACAACAUCGUGGAUCUUUUUCGGCAAAUUAAUUUACCAUUGGAAAAUGAUAUUAUCGAUGCGGUAGAUAAUGGUUGGAGAAUGUACAACAAACAGUGA